ACAGAGAGAUAGAGGAGAGAGAGAGAGACACACACAAAAGAGUUGGACACGACAAGCUGUUCCUAGCACCAGCGAGAUAAAACAGCGAAGUCUUUAACAAAAAGAAAAUGGUGGAAGUGUGGUGGCCUCUGUUAGCAGCAGCAGUCCCUGCGCUUAUCGGAGGACAAGCAUUGAGGAUAAAGAAGAGACGCGGCGAAGAAGAGAGGAUCAAGAGUGCUCGGGGAAGAGAGAAAAGCUCUGACGAGAUCUUUGUCUGCGAAAGAGUUUGCACUUCCAAAAGAAUGCUGAAGAAAGUUGGAGCUUUCUCUAAAGAUCCUAUUCCCGACACUUGUGUUACUGUCUGCGGCGUAUCUGAGCUUGACGCUUGCUCUGAUGCUUGUGCUCGAACCGUCUGUGUCAACCAGCACCAAGUUGCUAACUGGAAUGACAUUUGUCUUAGGAGGUGUCAGAGUGAGUGUCUUAAGCUCUCUUCUUCUUCUUCUCGCUCUUCUUGAUAUGUUUUUUAAGAGUUUGAAUCUCUCUUUUGUGUUGUUUAAGUUUGAGUCUGAACGCUAUGAUUGGUUCCUUUUGAAUCUUAAUUUUUUUUUGUAAGUUAAAUAACAUUAUGAGCAAAUCUUUGGUGGGUUACAUUUACAUUUCAUCA